UGGUAGGCCACGGGGAGGGGCGAAGGGGUUUGCAGAUCAGUAUGAGCGGCGGUUCUCAUUGUACAUGCCAGAUCGCACCUCGUUCGCGGCGGCACGACCGUAGUGAUGACGUAUAUCUAUUGGCUCAAGUGAAGGCUUUAGCCAAUUCUUCGCGACGAGGGUCCCAUGCGCCGCUUGCAGCGCUGCGUGCGCGAAGGGUCUCCUGGGAUUUCGGUCGGCGCUGCCUUGUUGGCUGCUCUGGCUGUCCUUCGCCACGGCGCCGGCUUCUGCGGUCCUGCACGCUCUGCGCCCGCUCGUUGCUGCCCAGUGCCCGCCGCGAGCCAGAUGAGGGACGCGGACCCCGCAUGCGACGGUCGCCGUCUGCGAGUCGUUUCCUACAACGUCUGCGGCCUGGGCGCGGGCUUCGGCCCGCCCGACAACGAUGCCGUGACUCGCGCGUACGGCUUGCUGCUGUCCAACCUGAGGCGCUUGAAAGCUGAUGUCGUGUGCCUGCAGGAGGCCCGGCGGCUCCCCAUCAUCGAUCCAACGGGGAGGGAGCGGGAGGACAGUUUGGAUGCAUUGGCUUCGGACUUGGGCAUGCAGCUGAGAUUCUCACAUGCGACACCGGGCUUCGAGAAGUUCGGCAAUGCCAUUCUCGUGGGGCCUGCCCUGGAGCUGCUGGACAGUGGGUCUGUGCACUUGGCUGGCGGCUCUGUCGUGAGAACGCCAGCUGGCGCUGAGAAGAAGAUUGUCCGCGGCUGCGUCGCCACUAGGCUCGCGCUCCAAGAGGAAAGCGAUGAUCCUGAUCUGGUGUCUCGUGCAUCUCAGUUCGCGGUUUUGGCGACACACUGGGAUCACAUCUCAGAGGCGGAGCGGGUCAUCCAGGCCGACAGUUUGCUUGCAAGCGUGGCCGACUUGACCGGAGGGCUGCCGCAUCUGCUAGUUGGCGACCUGAACGCGAUGAAGCGGGCCGACUACACGAGCGAAGAGUGGUCGGCCCUGCAGGAGCGGAACGCGCAGAGAGGCUGGGCACCCCUAGAGGACUCGCGUGCGUUGGCCGCGCUGGAAGCCUCCGGCUACUCCGACCUCCUCUCCGAAACCCUCGCCAGCCCUGCCGGCGCCGCCUCCGCCGCAGCGGCUGCGCCGGCGGCCCCGUUGGCCGCGGGCCGCUUCACGGCGCCCCGGCAGCCUCCGGUAAGGAUCGACUUCGCCUACGCCUCGCGCGACUGGGGGCGCCUGUCUGCCGGCGGCGAGGGCGGUGGAGCCGGAGCGCGAGGGGCAGCGGCCUCUGCCUGGGUCGACGCCUCGGCGGAGGGGUCGGAUCACCUUCCGCUGGUCGUCGACGCGGUCCUGCGGUGAGCGCCGGGCCACCGCCUCGGAAGCUGCGCCGUGAAUCAGGAGGGGGAAAAACACACAGACACAAUGAAUCCUCGACUCCGAAGAGAAUAUGGGAAAA